AUGGCUGAGAGAGAGGGUCAGCGGCAGAAGUUCUUCAAACGAUUCCAGUCGAGAACCAUUCGAACUAUGAAGUCCUGCGACCUGGCGUGUCGAUACAACAGCCGGCACAGGAUAUUGAACGGUUGGACUCUGCUGUCAUACCCUACAUACGACCAACAACACAGAGAAAAAAACUGCAUUAGAAACGGUCAAGAUUAUGGUGCGCCAAAGUGCUGGAAUUGUGAGAAAAAGGACAUCUACGACAAGAUUGUAAACAACGCCCUAAAAACAAUUACUGUCGUCAUUGUGCAGCAACAUGACACAAACGCGAGCAAAAAACCAACGAUAAGGAAACUCCAACAAAUGAAGUAUCCAAAACAUCAACCGGUAGUGCAUUACAGGGGUUUACGACACAAUUUGAAAAAAAAUACUUUUUGCAAUCUUUUCUCGCAAGACGAGUUUGUAACUAAACUGAUGACCUCUGGUGCCAGUCUCCGCACGGCGAUUUAA